GCCUUCCCUGGGAACACCAACUCAGACGGCGUGGUCAGGCAUGACCUCCAGCACCCCGUGACCGCGCGCUAUGUACGCCUGGUGCCGCUGGACUGGAACGCGGAGGGGCGCAUCGGGCUGCGUGCUGAGAUCUAUGGCUGCUCCUACUGGGCUGACGUCAUCAACUUCGACGGCUAUGCUGUGUUACCCUACAGAUUCAGAAAUAAGAAGAUGAAAACACUGAAAGACGUCAUUGCCCUGAAAUUUAAAACCUCGGAGAGCGAAGGGGUCAUCCUGCACGGAGAAGGGCAGCAAGGAGAUUACAUCACUCUGGAGCUGAAGAAGGCCCAGCUGGUCCUCAGCUUGAACCUUGGAAGCAACCAGCUGGGUCCCAUCUAUGGACACACGUCCGUGACGGCUGGCAGCCUGCUGGAUGACCACCACUGGCACGCAGUGGCCAUCGGGCGGCAGGGCCGCAGCAUCAACCUGACUCUGGACAGCAGUACUCAGCACUUCCGCACCAACGGCGACUUUGACUACUUGGACCUGGACUACGAGGGUAACCUGAGCUUCUCCUGCGUGGAGCCCUACACUGUGCCCGUCUUCUUCAACGCCACCAGCUAUCUGGAGGUGCCCGGCCGGCAUGACCAGGACCUGUUUUCCGUCAGCUUCCAGUUCCGCACAUGGAACCCUAAUGGCCUCCUGCUCUUCAGCCCCUUUGCUGAGAACCUGGGCGCUGUCGAGAUUGACCUCACUGACAGCAGAGUUGGUGUCCACAUCAAUGUCACGCAGACCAGGAUGAGCCAGAUCGACAUUGCCUCAGGUUCUGGGCUGAACAAUGGGCAGUGGCAUGAGGUCCGUUUCUUGGCCAAGGAGAACUUUGCUGUCCUUACCAUCGAUGGUGAUGAGGCGUCAGCUGUCCGGACCAACAGUCCCCUCCAAGUUAAAACCAGUGAGAAGUACUUUUUUGGAGGUGUCCGGCACCAGGCGGCUGCCUCGGGGCUCUCCCUGCUGCAGCCCUCCUUCCAGGGCUGUAUGCAGCUCAUCCAGGUGGACGACCAGCUGGUGAAUCUGGACGAGGUGGCGCAGAGGAAGCCGGGCAGCUUCGCCAACGUCAGCAUCGACAUGUGCGCCAUCAUAGACAGAUGCGUGCCCAAUCACUGUGAGCAUGGCGGCAGGUGCUCGCAGACCUGGGACAGCUUCAAGUGCACGUGUGACGAGACCGGAUACAGCGGGGCCACCUGCCACAACCCCAUCUACGAGCCGUCCUGUGAGGCCUACAAGCACCUGGGUCAGACCUCCAACUACUACUGGAUCGACCCUGAUGGCAGCGGCCCCCUGGCACCCCUGAAAGUCUACUGUAACAUGACAGAGGACAAGGUGUGGACCGUCGUUUCCCAUGACCUGCACACGCAGACAACAGUGGUUGGCUACACGCCAGACAAGUCUUCAGUGACCCGGCUCGUGUACAGUGCCUCCCUGGACCAGAUCAGUGCCAUCACCAGCAGUGCUGAAUACUGCGAGCAGUACGUCUCCUACUCCUGCAAGAUGUCGCGGCUGCUGAACACACCAGAUGGAAGCCCUUACACCUGGUGGGUCGGCAAAGGCAACGAGAAGCACUACUACUGGGGGGGCUCGGGCCCUGGCAUCCAGAAGUGCGCAUGCGGCAUUGAGCGGAACUGCACGGACCCCCGGUACCACUGCAAUUGCGACGCAGACCACAAGCAGUGGACCAGCAAGAGUGGAGGGACACCUGUCACCACAGUCAGCUGCCUUCUCUGCGUUCCUCGGGCUGCGUGCCUGAUUGCAUUCCUGGCGCAGUUGUGCCAGACGUCUAGGUACACGCACUGGAACUACUGGAAUGCCGCCUCCUUCCCCGACCCAUCAUCCCACCUCCACUUCUCCACUUUUCAAGGGGAGACCAGUGCCGACAUCUCCUUCUACUUCAAGACUCUGAUCCCGCGUGGGGUGUUCCUGGAGAACCUGGGGAACACAGACUUCAUCAAACUGGAGCUGAAGUCGGCCACAGACGUGUCCUUCUCAUUCGACGUCGGCAACGGGCCGGUGGAGCUCGUGGUGAGAGCGCCGACUCCACUCAACGACGACCAGUGGCACCGCGUCACUGCCGAGAGGAACGUCCAGCAGGCCAGCCUGCAGGUGGACGGGCUGCCGCCGCGCGUGCGCAAGGCCCCGACCGAGGGACACAAGCGCCUGGAGCUCUACAGCCAGCUGUACGUGGGUGCUGCCGGCGGCCAGCAGGGCUUCCUGGGCUGUAUCCGCUCCCUGCGGAUGAACGGGGUGACACUGGACCUGGAGGAGAGGGCCAAGGUCACCUCUGGCUUUGUGUCCGGAUGCUCCGGCCACUGCACCAGCUACGGGGCCAACUGUGAGCAUGGCGGCCGGUGUGUGGAGAAGUACCAUGGCUACUCUUGCGACUGCACCCUCACGGCCUACGACGGCACAUUCUGCAACAAAGAUGUUGGCGCGUUUUUUGAGGAGGGGACGUGGCUCCGACAUAACUUCCAGGCUGCAGGGACCAGUGCCAGAGAAGCCCCCAGCAGAGGCAACAGCGUGCCUGACCCGCAGAGCCCGGCCCCCGAUCUGGCCCAGGAACAGCUCAGCCUCAGUUUCAGCACCGCCAAGGCGCCCUGCGUCCUGGUCUACAUCAGCUCGCACACCACCGACUUCCUAGCCGUGCUCCUCAAGCCCACCGGGAGCUUGCAGGUCCGGUACAACCUGGGUGGCACCCGUGAGCCCUACACCAUCGAGCUGGAGCACAGGAGCGUGGCCAACGGGCAGCCGCACAGCCUCAACAUCACCCGCCAGCAGAGGGCGCUGGUGCUGCAGCUCGACCACUACCCUCGCGUGACUUACCAUCUGCCGAGUUCAUCCGACACCCUGUUCAAUUCCCCCAAGUCACUCUUUCUAGGAAAAGUUAUAGAAACAGGGAAGAUUGACCCAGAGAUCCACAAGUACAACACUCCGGGCUUCACCGGCUGCCUGUCCAGGGUACAGUUCAACCAUAUUGCCCCCCUCAAGGCUGCCCUGCGGCAGACAAACGCCUCAGCCCAGGUCCACGUGCAGGGCCAGCUUGUGGAGUCCAACUGUGGUGCCUCUCCGCUGACCAUCUCCCCCAUGUCGGCCGCAACUGACCCCUGGCACCUGGACCACCUGGAAUCAGCCAGUGCUGAUUUUCCAUACAACCCAGGACAAGGCCAAGCAAUUCGGAAUGGUGUCAACAGGAACUCAGCCAUCAUCGGAGCCAUCAUGAACAACGACCCCAACUUCACAGAGACCAUUGAUGAAAGCAAAAGGGAGUGGCUCAUCUGA